CAACAGCAACUCACAAUUUCAGAUUUUUUUUCUUUCGUUCAUUUAAUCAAAGGUCGAGACUUUAAGAGCCAAAAAGAGUCACAGAACCAAAGGGUAUUGCUUUCUGUGUAAAAAUCAUCAUCUGGGUCUCUAAUGGCGAGUUGGGCACUCACUCAACCUCCUAAAUUCUCAAGACCCAGACCCGGUUCCAUCUCUAAUGGCACCAGUUUCUCAGGGCCAAGAUUUUUACACACAAGCAAGACCCCUACAGAUCUCAAAAAAGCAAUUUUUAUCAGCAGAGAGAGACCAUGUUGGGAAAUUAAAGUGAGUGCUCCAUAUAAAGCUGCUUCAAUUGAAGACGAGGAAGAAAAAAAUGGUGAAUUUGACCCUGGUUCACCACCUCCAUUCAAAUUAUCUGAUAUUAGAGAUGCUAUUCCCAAGCAUUGCUGGGUUAAGAAUCCAUGGAGGUCGAUGAGUUAUGUCGUUAGAGAUGUUGCUGUCGUUUUUGGUUUGGCUGCUGCUGCUGCUUAUCUUAAUAACUGGAUUGUUUGGCCUUUGUAUUGGGCUGCUCAAGGAACCAUGUUUUGGGCUCUUUUUGUUCUUGGUCACGAUUGUGGACAUGGAAGCUUUUCAAAUAAUCAUAAGUUGAAUAGUGUUGUUGGUCAUCUUCUUCAUUCUUCAAUUCUUGUUCCUUAUCAUGGAUGGAGAAUUAGUCAUAGGACUCAUCAUCAAAAUCAUGGACAUGUUGAGAAUGAUGAAUCAUGGCACCCAUUGUCUGAGAAAUUAUUUAGAAAUUUGGAUGGAAUGACGAAGAAAUUGCGUUUCGCAUUACCUUUCCCAAUGCUUGCAUACCCUUUCUAUCUUUGGAGCAGAAGUCCCGGAAAAACGGGUUCUCACUUCCACCCGGAGAGUGAUUUGUUCACACCAAAUGAGAGGAAGGAUGUGAUCACGUCUACCGUCUGCUGGACAACCAUGCUGGCUUUGCUUGUUGGAUUAUCUUUUGUAAUGGGUCCAGUUCAAGUGCUUAAGCUCUAUGGGGUCCCAUACUGGGGGUUUGUCAUGUGGCUGGACUUCGUGACUUACUUGCAUCACCAUGGUCAUGAGGAUAAACUUCCUUGGUAUCGUGGAAAAGAGUGGAGUUAUUUGCGAGGAGGGUUGACGACACUUGAUCGUGACUAUGGCUGGAUUAAUAACAUCCAUCAUGACAUUGGCACGCACGUUAUCCACCACCUCUUUCCUCAAAUCCCGCAUUAUCACUUAAUAGAAGCGACUGAAGCAGCUAAGCCUGUGCUGGGAAAGUACUACCGGGAGCCAGAAAAAUCCGAGCCUUUACCUUUGCAUCUAAUUGGAGAUCUGAUAAGAAGCUUGAGGACCGACCACUAUGUUAGCGACACUGGUGAUAUUGUGUACUACCAGACUGAGGCUCAACUGAGCGGCACACCAUCAGAGUAAAACUCCGAUUACCCUUUCCAAAUUGAGUUGCUUUAUGGCACUCGGGUCCCUUUGCGUAGCUUAGACAAGUUGAUUGAGCUGUUUUUGGAUAGUAUUGGCAUCAAUUGUUUUCCAGAGCAUUCAAAUCCUAGAAAAUUGUUUUGCUAUAGAGUUCAUGUCUGUUGAAAAAUCGCUGCAUACGAGUAGGCCAUCAUUUUUUUGUCAAGGCGCAGGGGAUUUAUAUAUAUGUAGAAUAGUUUUGCAUAGUAAUGCUGUAAUUCUUGAAGAGGAAAUAACCUCUUCAGCAAAUUACAUUUUUUAUUGACUAAUUGAUUUAAAACUGAAGGAAAAAUAAUGAUUCAUACUGAAAA